AUUCUCUUUAGCUCUAUUUUUGCUUGCACUCCACCUUUUUGCACAGCAAGCAUCAGGACCACGCACGGAACCAGAGCAGCAUUCAUCUUGAUCGACCGCGUAAACCCUGUUAAAAAACAUUGGACACACAUUGCUGAACUGGUCUUCAUCUUAGUGGCAACAUGACAGAAAACCUUUACCCCGUUGGAACCACCGUCUUUGCCAAACUCAAGGGAUAUCCUUGGUGGCCAGCGCGUAUUGAGAAUGAACAGGACCUACCAGUCAAUGUUAGUAGCAAGAAACCAAAACAGAGACCCAUUUGGCCAGUUUUUUUUCUUUGUGGCUGGUUCGGGACCACAGAACUCAAACCAUUUGAUCCUGCCUCAGCUGAGAAAACAAAGUCAACUCUCAAGAGAGGGAGUGCUUUAAGGACUGCACUGGGUGAGGCUUUAGAUCCAAGUAUUAUCGCACAUCGAAUUACAGGCGAUGCCGAGGAAGAUGACGACGAUGACGACGAUCAAACCAAAAGAACGACACAAAAAGGCCAGACUAAUGUGGAGAAGAAAAGACGACCAAGCACUUCAGAGGACCAAACUGCAAAAAGAAAGGUCUCCAAGAAGACGGCAUCGGUUGAAGAUGAUAAUAAUGAGUUAGCCAAGCCUUCCAUUAAGCGAACGGCAAGUGCGCCUCGCUCCCGCCUCGAGUCAGACUUCAAGAGCGUGGAUGAUGAUAUUAGCAUUGGAGAUACAAGCAAUGGACGUACGAAACAAUCGGAAGAUGACGCAGGGGACGCGGGAGACUUGAGAGCAAAGAAGAGGAUUAAGAGUGGCCAGCCCAGCGAGCGUCUUCUGAAACUCCGACAUAAGCUGCAGAAAUUGCUUCUGGUGGAAGGCCUUUCAGACGAUGUUUUGAUUCAGAAUCUGGAGCGUGCGGACCCAAUCCUCGCCGAAGUAGAAGCAUUUGACAUUGAUUUACAAAUGCUUAAGGAUACCAAAAUUGGUCGAUUAAUGAAAAAGAUCUCGGCACUUCAGUUCAGCCAGGACCCUCACAAAAUCGUUGAAAGAUCAGCACAGGAACAUGGCGAGAUUUUGAACACGAGCGUAGACAAGGGAACAGAAUCGUCUACACCUGUUACAGAGACAGCACCUGUCGUGGCCGAUAAAAACUCCAAUGCUGCCGAGGCGGAGCAUGAAAUGGCGACCGCGCCGCUGGCCAAUUCAAACAAUAAUAUCUCAGAUCCUUCAGCACCUGCGCCAGAAGCUGUAAUGGCAGCCAUGGCAGCCAUUGUAGGAACAAGCACAGUUGAUCCGCCUGCCAGCUCAAUCGAACCUGUUGCAGCUCAAGAUGACCAAGCAUCAACAGGAAACAAUGUGGUAUAAAGCGCGCCCAAAAAUGGUCUUAACUGAAAUAGCCAAUCAUCAGGAAAUUGACUAGAGAAGGGUAGGAAAUAUCGGUGCAGCAGCAAGAAAAAGGAAAAGAAAAGAAAAAAACAGCCCACAAUGCCAUAAUUCUCAAUGAUUCAUUCUAAAGCAUUAUGGAAAUUAAAUACAGUUAUUAAAUAUGGAACAGAAUUGGAA